CUGCGCUUGCAUAUCCUUCGUUCAGACCGAUAUACAAUUAGCCUGAACCCCAGUUUCCCAACCCCUUCUCUUCGUCCUCCGCCGCCGCUGAUCCCGCGGCGCCGCUGCCGACGUCGUCUCCUGCCGAGCCCAAUCGCUUUCCAAGACUGGCUCAGCAUCCCAGCGCAUAGCCUCCUCGUCUACCCUCCACAGAAGCUUGUGUGCCGCUGUGCCGGCCGUCCGUGCUUGCUUGCUUCUGCGCGGUGUUUCGGCCGGGUCUUGUGAUCCGCAGGAUCUGAGGCGGUCGCAUCUGCAAUGUUUCCGAAGAAAGGGCCCAGUCCCUACGGCCAGCCGCCGCAGUAUGGGGCGCAGCAACCGUACGGCAAAAUUCCUGUUAGCGUUGGGUAUGCGGCAUCUGCUGCAGCAGCUGGUGGCACUGAUGGCCAUCAGUUUGGCGGCAAUGCGGCACAGGGCGCUGUGGGGCAGUAUGGAGGGCCUUACGCUGCAGUUUAUGGCGCGCAGAAGGUUGGUGGACUUGCUAGCAAAGGUCCAAGUUCUUCUGGUCUUCCCAACCUGCAAGCUCAUCAAACAUCACUCUCCGAGUCAUCGAAGUUCUCAUCUGGAGCUGUAGGGUCCAGCCUGGGAAGGCCAAAUGAUGACUAUCUAGCUUCUCGUGCAUAUGUCCCAAAGCUAGAGCAGUACAGUACGCAUUAUGAAUUGGAGAGAAGGAUGUACGGUGAACAGUCAGCUAAUUUUGGCAGGAGAGAUGGCUUCAAUGAUUUGGAUAGAAGAUACCCCGAUCAUAUUCCUGGAAGCCAUCAGAUUCAUGACCGUGUGGAUCAGGUUUCAUCGACACGACAUCAGCAACUCCUAAAAACUCCACCGCAGCCUGUCUCUGACAUACGACAAGCCGAUUACUUUGCAGGAAGGACCGCCGGUCCAGUCCAUCAAGGUUCCCAGGAAGUUAGUGCAUAUGGAAGAGUUGAAGCCGAUCAUCACAGCUUGUCAAUUGCUGGAUCUGUUCCAUAUGGCGGCCAACAACAAGCUUCAAUCUUGGGGGGAACUCAGAGGACAAACAUGGACAGCCUUGUCUAUGGACAAGGGUCAUCUGGCAGUGGUUACGUGAUGGGCCUACCCCCUGGACGCGACUAUGCUUCAGGGAAGAGCUUGCUGCAUCCAUCUUCAGAGUCUGAUUACCGAGAUAGCAUCUUACCUCGUGUACAUCCAAGCAUCCCCAUGGUUGAUGAGCGAACAAGAGACAGGGUUGGUUAUCGCCGCGAACUGGAUCUAAGAGAUGAGGAGCAUAGAAGGGGCCUUUUGUGGGAAAGAGAAAAGGAAAGGGAAUGGGAACGCGAACAAGAGCUACGAAACCAUGAAAUGGAAAGAGAGCAAGACAGGGAGCGGGAGCACCAACGACUAAGAGAGCGUGAAAGGGAAAGGGGACGCGAACGAGAAAGAGUACGUCUUCGCGAGCGCCGGGAGAAUGAGAGGGAGCGGGAUAGGAAGCAUGUGGCUAUUCCAAGGCGGGAGCACACUCCUCCGAGGACACCUGGUGAAAGGCGGCGUUCUUCUUCUGUUAGACCUGAGAAGCCUUUGCGGCGGCUUUCGCCUCGACGUGAUGUCCUGCAUAGGCCUCGUUCACCUGUUAAACAACUAAAGAGAGAAUAUAUUUGCAAGGUCUUUCCAUUUCGCUUGGUGGAUGCUGAGAGGGACUACUUAUCGUUGACAAAGCGAUAUCCUAGACUAGUGAUUUCUCCAGAUGUUUCUAAGGUUGUCUUGAACUGGCCAAAAGGAAACCUUAAUCUUUCAAUGCGCACACCAGUCAGUUUGGAGCAUGACAUCCAUGAAGUGGAUGAUAAGACCAAUGAAAGAACAGUUUUAUCUUCAGAGAAAUCGUACAGCACCGGUAGUCCAGACACUGUUUGGAACGUAAAGGUUCUCUUGAUGAGUGGUAUGAGCAACGGUGCCUUCGCUGAUAUAUGUUCGUUGAGAAGUGCCGAGGAACGAAUAGCGCACUGGAACAAUGUCUUGAAAUUUGCUGUAUUUAAGAAGGAUCAUGCACUUAUUACAAUUGGAGGUCCUUGGAGUGCAGCAAUAGAUGGUGGAGAUCCAUUGAUUGACUGUUCGUGCUUGGUGCGAACUGCUGUCAGAUGCACUAAAGAACUGGUUCAGAUUGAUCUAUCUAAUUGCACACACUGGAAUCAUUUCCUCGAGGUCCAUUACAACAGAAUUGGCAAAGAUGGACUCUUUAGUCAUAAAGAGAUUACCGUACUGUUUGUGCCAAACCUGUCAGAAUGCAUACCUUCAGUAGAGUUAUGGAAGAAAACCUGGAUUACAUACAGAAAUUCAAAAGUAGACAGGGAGAAACUGGCUAUAAAGAGUGAAAAUGCCCCUUGUGAUACAAAGGAACAGAAGGAAGGAGCAGAUGAUGGUCAUAUGAGGGAGGGGGAUAUUUGCAAGGAUGCUAUCAAAAUUGAGAAAGUUGAUACUAAAAUGGAUGAGCAGGGCAAAGAUGGGGAGGCAAAGUUUGCUGAGAAUGAAGGGAAACCACUUGAUAACGCUGUGGAACAUAAUAAGAAGGGUGGGGAGGCAAAGUUUGCUGAGAAUGAAGGGAAACCACUUGAUAACGCUGUGGAACAUAAUAAGAAGGGUGGGGACGUUCAAGGAAAUACCUCAGGCGACGCCUCCGUUCACCAUGCAGUUGAGGAUAAAAAGCCCACGCGAAGGAAAGUAAUAAGGAAGGUUAUCAGAAAAGUUGUUCGUGAAAAGCCAACUGCUGAAACUUCAAUUGACAAAUCAUCUCAGGUGGACAAGGCUGUGGUGGCAGAAACCACAAACAAAACUGUGGAAGAGCAGGUUGAACAAACAACCGAGGAUGUUAGUAAAGAAAAGGAUGGAACUGGCAUUAAUCUGCAACCUGAGACCAAUAGAACUGGGAAGAAGAAAGUAAUUCGAAGGAUUAUUAAGAGAAAAGUUCCUGCUUCAGGAUCCAAGUUGAUUACACCUGCUGUACCUGCAGAAACAAGUAAACAAGGAGGGGAAGUUAAACAAGAAAAGAAUGAUGAAAGCUUGACUGAUGCUGGAAAUUCUCAGAUUAAGCUGGCAGAACGGUCGAAGAUUGCUGCUGAAAAGAUUUCAAAUCCGAAGAAAGAAGAAAAGGCAGAUAAGGCCCAUCUAUGUACCGAGGAUAAAAAAUCAAAUGGAGAUAAGGUUAGUGAACAGGAAGGUGUGAAUGGAGAUGAUGUGAAUAAAGAGGGGGGAAAUGGAACGAAUGAUAAGCCAAAGGAUGGUAAAGAAAAAAAGAUUAGGGACCUGAAGAAGGAUCCAAAGCAAAAGUCACUUAACGACGCCAAAGAGAAGAAGAAAUCUGAUGAACCUCCUAAACAUCCAGGAUUCAUUCUGCAGACAAAGAAGAGUAAAGAGUCUAAACUCCGUCCAAUAUCCCUUUCAUUGGAUGGCCUACUAGACUAUACAACCAAUGACACAGAGGAAUCUGUUUUUGAGCUUUCGCUGUUUGCUGAGUCGUUCAGUGAAAUGCUUCAAUUCAGAAUGGGCUGCAUUAUCCUGUCUUUUCUUGAGAAACUACACAAGCACUAUGUUACAAAGAAGAACCGACGUAAGCGCACAAGAGAGGAUGAUCUAACGAAGGAAGGCACAAAAUCAUCAGAAAAGAGAUCAAAGACAACUGAAGGUGCUCACAUUGAAAGUACCCCUAAUAAUAUCAGUGCUCCAAAAAACGAUAAAAUAACGGAAGAUGAUAAGAAAAAGAUGAGCAUAGAUCAGAUACCUUUACCAGCUACUCGUGAUGAACCUGUAGCAGCAGAGAAGAUGGAGGAUGAAGAUCCUGACUAUGAAGAAGAUCCUGAGGAGGUAGAAAUAUAUGAAGACGAUGAGGACAUGGAUGGUGAUACUGCUGAGCAACAGGAUGGUAAUUUGAACAGUAGAGAGGUCAAAUUAGAAGAAGUAACAAAAGAAGAUAAACUGAACCAGAAAGCAGGGAAGGAGAUCGAAUUAGAAAAUGUUGCCUGUAUAGAUGAAAAGCCUGUUACUAUAGCAGAGAAAGGAGGUUUGGUAGAAGUUGGCGAUAAGGCAGCUGUAUCACCGAAAGGAGAUUCAGCAAAACAUGAAGUAGUUGAUAAGGACCUGUUGCAGGCUUUUCGCUACUUUGACAAGAGCAGAGUGGGCUAUAUCAAGGCAGAAGAUCUAAGGUGCAUUGUUCACAACCUGGGGAAGUUCUUGUCUAAUAGGGACGUGGAGGACUUGGUGGAGGCCGCGCUUGAUGAGAGCAAUUCGGCAAGGGAUAAUCGUGUUAUCUAUACAAAGCUUGUGAAGAUAGUGGAUCUCUGAUGCGUCCCAGUUUGUAGUUGCCAGGAAACUCUGUUUGAUGGUAGAAAUUUAAAGCAAAGUCGCAACUUAUUCAUCAAGAUUCUCGUUGAAGCCUUGAAGAUGAUCAUGGAAAGUUGACAUGAGGAGUUCAUUUUUAAUUUCUUCCAGCAUGAAUUGCACCUUUCCUUUUUCUUUUUGAACUGACAACUUUUUUUGAUGGAAUGGCAAAUAUUAGUCCCGAGUUAUAAAGCAACCGAGUCCCACCCGUUUGCUUGGAGAGAAA